UUGGUGCCGGCGGCGGGUGGGGGACCACCCUGUUGGCUGCGGCGCCGGCGGCGGGUGGCGGACCAACCCGUUGGCGGCGGCGCCUGCGGCGGCUGCAGCUGCGAGCGGGCGGCCGCUCCUCCCCACGGAAGGGAUCCAAGGCAGAUGCGGAGCACCCCAUCGCGGCGGCGACCUCUCCUGGAUCACGCUCCCCACGGUGUUGUCCCGCUUGGCUGCUCCCCACGGCGAAGGGAUCCACGACAGAGGUUUCCAAGGCGCUGUGCAGAGCUUCCCCUCACUCUCCAUUGCUGCGUCCUUUCUUGGUGAGACUACAUAUACAAGAUGGAUAGAAGUUGGAUCCAUGGGAGAAAAUUCACACUAGCCUACACCAACGGUGUGAAAGAAUUCAUGGAAUUUGUUAAGAAAAGGUUUCCGGAACACAUCCCAAUAAGUUGCCCAUGCCGCCAUUGUCUUAACCAGACUGAAAGGCCACAACAAGAAGUCAAUGACCACAUCCUUAUUCAUGGAAUGUUAGCCACAUACACGCGGUGGACUCAUCACGGGGAAUCAUUAGAUGCUACUAUUGUCGAAUAUUCAGAGCAGGUGGAUGGAUCUGUCCAUGAUGAUGGGAUUGCAGUAGAUGAUGAGCCAGACAACAAUGAGCAAGACAACAACGACAAUGAUGAUGGGAUUGCAGUAGAUGAUGCCAGAUUUUGAGUUUAUAGCAGAAUUGUACACAGCAGUAGAGGAGGAUGGGCAACCGCCAAAGUUUACUAGAGUGCUUGAUGAUUUGAAGCGGUCACUUUGGCCAGGAUCUAAGCACACAAGAUUCUCAUUUCUCGUGAGAUUGCUCCGUAUCAAGACUCGAUAUCAAAUCAGCAAUACAACAUUUAAUACAUUAUUGAAGCUGCUUUCCUCAGCAUUCCCUCAGAGCCAAUUGCCUGAAUCAUAUGAUGAGGCAAAGAAAUAUCUUCAUGAAUUGGGCCUUAGAUAUGACACGAUCCAUGUAUGCAAGAAUAAUUGUGUGCUAUUCCGGAAGCGCUAUGCUAAAAUGGAUGUGUGCCCAAAAUGCAAAGAAUCUAGAUGGGAGGACAAGGAUGGCAAGCGUGUUCCUCAUAAGGUUUUGAGGCAUUUUCCACUUAUACCAAGGUUAAAGAGGAUGUUUGGGUCUAGCAAAACGGCCAAGGACACCCAAUGGCACAAGAAAAACUGGACACCAGUUGAUAAUGAACUGAGCCAUCCAUCGGAUGGGAAGGCAUGGAAAUACUUUGACUCCAAGUUUCCAGCAUUUGCAAGGGAUGCAAGGAAUUUGAGACUUGCUGUGGCUACAGAUGGAUUCAAUCCAUUUGGCAACUUUAGCAUGACAUAUAGCAUGUGGCCUGUCCUUGUGACACCCUUAAACCUACCACCAUGGGAAUGUGUGAACCCUUCAAACUGCUUCAUGUCAUUGCUGAUCCCAGGUCCAAAAUCUCCUGGAAAGGAUUUCGAUUUGUUCUUGGAGCCUCUAAUAGAAGAACGGCUUGAAUUGUGGAGUGGUGUUAGUACAUAUGAUGCAGCCAGUGGUACAAAGUUCAAUCUUCAUGCGGCUGUGCUUUGGUGCAUACACGACUUUCUAGCUCUGAGCACCAUGUCAGGGCGAACUACAAAAGGUUAUUAUGCAUGUACUCAUUGCGAUGAAAAUCCAUUGUCACAGGCACUAAGGAAUAAUGUUCCUAUGUGUUUUGUGAUGAAAAUUUUAUAAUGAAUUGACCUUUUGUGUUUC